AUGCCUUUUGGGUACAGGACUGUGGCGGCGAGUGACUCGCCCUGGGACCGGGAGUAUGAGACUGCAACAGACAAGGUCUUCAUCCCACCAGGACGGUCAGCCAUGGACCCGGCCUUCCCCCCAAUGGACCCACGGACACUUCAUCCCCUGACCGCAGACCAUCAGAAUGUCUUGGACAUUCAUCAUCCUAUCCCUAUGGACAAGCCUUCGCCACCUGAAUUGGACGCGUUGUUUUACUCGGAAAGUUCUCAGAUGACGGACUUCUUGGGUCUGCGAACCUUUGAGGCCGCAGCACUCCAUAAUCCCGCCUGGAGCCAGAACCGAUUGGAAGAGGUCAGCGUGUCUGUCAACGAGAGCAGCUGGCUGAAGGUUUUUAAAAAGAUACGGUGGUGUUCAUUCGAGAGACCCAUUAUAGAAACCUCACCAGGAUUGGCUGCAGCUGGAUUUGGCAUGGCUGACGAUUGGAGCGUGGAUAAUCCAGCCGUCUGGGGUCCGUUGUCCACGUCAAUUGAGUUGGCCAACCGCAUCAUUCUACAGUCCUUCAAGACACCAUGCAGGGUCUGGAUGGGAUUUGCAAGUACCAACGCAAGACCAGAUCUUGUUUCAGAUUCGGGAUUCGGUUACUAUGUCAAUCAUCUUGCUGCCUUCGUCGAUGUAGAACCGUUACGGACCAUGUUGAACCCCAACGCUACGUCGCAUUCUCGCUACAUCGCGAGAGCCAUGUUGGCUAUUACAAUAAGCCAUGAACUCAUGCACAUAUUGAUCCUUCAAAUCUUUAAGCUGAAAGGAAGAUACAUGUCAUUGCGCGGACCCGUGGCCGGCUCUGGACCCUUCUUCAACGCGUACUCGACCUUUUUCCCCGAAUUUCACAUCUCGAUGAACGGCUUCAGUGCCAUUGUACACGUCGUCCCCGAUCAGCCAGCAGACCCUCUGGCAUACAGGAAGGAUACAAAAUGGGAUGUUGCUGCCGCGAACUUGAUGACAGCCAACUUUCAGAACGACAUGCAGACGGCACGCGCCGACCUCAGCCUGCCUCUCGACGUCGCGUUCUUUGCGCAGUUGAACUCGCACAAGGCUCAGAUGGUCGCUAUUCAGCAGCAUCUGGUCUCACAUCCGAAUGCUCCCCAGCCUUUGAUCCCCUUCACUUUCCAGUUACCGCCGUACACCGAGACGGCGCAGUUUCGCGCUGAAAGCUUCAACGUCUUGACGAUGACGAAGAUGCUGGAACUCAACCCAUUGCGAGCUGUGCAACAUCUUUUACAGCCUGGCCAGGACAUUUUCCAGGAGUGGCUUCAAUUGCCUCAAGAUACAGUACUGCAGCCUGCCCAUGCACAGCUGGCGCGGACUGUGGAAACCCGCGGUCUCGAAUAUUUCACACUGGGCAGGCUGUACGACUUGCGUGUUCAAGAAAAGAGUGUCCUCGUGCUGGUUCUUUUUGAUUCGGAGAUCGAUAUUUUCGAGCUGGAAGAUGUCAUGCAGGUAUUAACGAUGACGGCUGACGAGGUGCGCGAUGAGAUGGAGCCAUCCGCCUACGGACACGUUCUUAAUAAGAAUGUCAGUGACGAGUUCUACGCCAAAUCACAUGGAAUUCUGCCAUUAGGACGGGUAGCUCAGUGGCUACGCGAGGAGGAUGUUGCCAUUCGCGAUGGCAAGGAGGGCCGCCCUCACUGGAUCACAGCGGCUGGAUUUGUCUAUGAUUUGACAGACUUGAAAGAACUGGCUUCAGAAAGCCAGUCGAACCUCGUGGAGACACUGAUGAGCGCCCCUGGGAGCAACCCGAUGCCGCGUGUCUUCCUUGGGGAUCACGACUUCGACGAUGCACUGGCACUGAUAGAGCCUUUAAAGAUUGGAAUGACCCUUCCGUUCGGAUUGGCUGAUGAAUCUGGCUCGAAAGAUGUACUUACAAAUCGUGAAAUUGGAUGGAAUCAAUUUCCUCAAACACGACAGUACAUCCAGAUCCAUGAAUAUGUCUACGACAUCACUGACUAUGCCCAAUGGCACCCUGGAGGCACAAAGAUUUUGGCCCAUGCUGCCGGGACCAAUGCUUCAACCAUUUUCGAGGAGUACCAUUCUGAGAAUGGAAAAGACCUUUUGGAAGCCAUUAAAGGCCUGCGGGUAGGGCGUAUUGUAUCAUCUCGUACUCGCUACGAAAAACUCUCUACAACCGAAAUUCGUAUCCAGGACAAGAUCUUCGAUAUUGCGCCCCUUCGGGAGACAGAAGCGGAGCUAUUCGUUGCUCUCAAAUCCUACUCAAGCCAGAGCUAA